AUGCUUCCCCAUCUCUCUGUAGCUGCAAUUGUGGGUUUGCUGGGUGGACUAGAGUUUGCCAGUGCCCGCAAGACUGAGCCGCUGAGCAGUUCCAGCGACCAGCCUCUCUUCCGCGGAGCAGAUCGCUAUGACUUUGCUAUUGUCAUCCCUGCGGGUGGCAUUGACUGUUUCUGGCAGUUUGCACACCAGAGCGGCUAUUUCUACUUCAGCUAUGAGGUGCAAUGGACCUCGGGGCUGGGCCAUGACAGACACAUCCUGGCUACUGCAAAUGACCCCAACAGCCUUCAUCUCGGCUCCUCCCAGGAUGUGCGAGGACAGAUCAACUUCCCAACCAAAGAGACAGGUUUCUACCAGCUGUGCCUGAGCAAUCGGUACAAUCACUUUGGCUCUGUGCAAGUUUAUCUCAACUUUGGGGUCUUCUAUGAGGGCUUUGACUUACAAAACACACCAGAACUUCAGAGGAAAAGAUUCAAUGACACGCUGGAGGCAAUUGAGGCAAGCACCAGGAAGGUGACAGGCCAGGUCUUCCACAUGUGGCGCUUCUAUAACUUUGCUCGGAUGAGGAGGGGGGUGGAUUACUUCCUUGUCCAGGCCAACUACAACUAUGUGAACUGGUGGUCAGCAGCCCAGACUCUGGCCAUCAUUCUCUCUGGUGUCCUUCAGCUGUACUUCCUCAAGCGCCUCUUUACUGCACAGCCUGCUAAGAAGCCGCUCUGCUAG